AUGCUGCCCAUGAUGGCCCAGCCCAUCGUGCCCAUUUACAACCUGGGUCCCUCCGUUACCACUCUUGUGCUGGAUGGACCCACGCUGGGCGCCAUCUGGGUGGGCGAUAUCGUGUGGUGGAACGACACGCGCAUCGAGCAGCUCAACAACGGCACCACGUUCCCUGCCGAGCGCAUCCUCCUGGCCCGCUCGAAUGACUCCAUCGCCGGCAUCUCCUGA